AGCAGGAGGCGUGGAGCCGCUCCCGUGGUGCUCCUCGGCCACGCAUGUCUCCUCGCUCCGCUGCCGUGUGCCGUCCCGCUCCGCUCCCGUUCCCGUGUUGGAGCCGAGCCGGGGCCGGUUGUGCUCGUCAGGCAUGGAAGAAACCGUUCUUGGUCGCUGGACCCAACUGGAUACAGCAGCUCAGCUCUGCUGACAGCACAGACCACAUUUUAUACUGGAAAUAAGCAACUGCAAAGAUGUGUUCUCACAGGCCCAGGAACUGAAGAUACGCAGGACAAUGCAUAUUGUAUACCCUGAUGACAUUUUGUGUGCUGUCACCUGGUUUUUGCCAUGGCAUCUGAGACUGAAAAGGCCCAUGCCCUUCUCCAGACUUUCAGCACAGCUUCAGUUAUUUCUAGUCUAGGUUUGGGAAUAUUCUGCUUUGCAGCAGACAGGCUUCUGCAGCUCUCCUUCAUUCAGCAGAAUGACUGGCUCCGAGCCUUCUGUGAUAAUGCAGUGCAUGGUAUACUGGGAAUGUGGUCCUGGGCCAUAGUGAUUGGACUCAGGAAGAAAAGUGACUUCACUGAAGUUACGCUGGCUGGCUUCCUUGCCUCUGUCAUUGACGUGGACCACUUCAUACAUGCUGGCUCCCUGUCAUUAAAGGCUGCUCUGAGUCUUCCCCGGAGACCACUCCUUCAUUGCUCUACUGUGAUUCCUGUUGUGGCUCUGACAUUAAAGCUUGUUAUGCACCUUUUCAGGCUUAAAGACUCAUGGUGCUUUCUUCCUUGGAUGCUGUUUAUAUCCUGGACUUCUCAUCACGUCCGUGAUGGGAUUCGUCACGGCCUCUGGAUCUGCCCAUUCGGAAAAACUCCUCCUUUGCCAUACUGGCUCUAUGUGGCAAUUACAGCAUCUUUACCUCAUCUAUGCUCAUUUAUUAUGUAUUUAACAGGAACUAGAGAACUAAUGUCUAUAAAACAUGGAAUCCACAUUGACGUAUAAGGGUGAUGUAUCUUAGUCUUCUGUAACACACUUGAAACAGGCCGUGCUUGUCACUGGAAUGGUUUCCUUGUGGUCACAGUAACCUGCUCCACAAAUGGUAUUAACAUUUCGUAUCUGUACAUGCCCUUUGUAGAUUGUCUGGUCUCCCAUUACUAUUCACAUGCAGCUGGCUUUUCAUGAAGUACUGAUUAAUGAAGUACUUAAUAUCACUGUAGUAAUUACAUUCUGUUUUGCUGUUUCCGUUCAUCUGAUCACCAAACAUUCUGGAUUUGCAGUCUGCCUACAUUUCAUCUGGAUAGCAUUUGUAUAGUACUUUAAAAAUGUAAAAUUCUGUAUAGGUGCUAAGUACUUGAAUUCAGUAGUUUGUCACACUUGUGAAAAACACCAAUUAGGAUUUCGAAGUAAGUUAUUUGUUUUCCUGCUGGGCUCUGGUAUUCAGCAGUUUUAAAAGGAAUGCUAUUUGUAGUUCAAAAUGUGGAACUGUGGGUCUACACCAGUUUGAACACUGCCAUAAUACAGUGUUUAUACUAAAUUCUGUUGUCAUUUGAUACCCAGUUUGCAGGCUAAUGAUUAGAAAGGAGAAGACUGUGGUUACAUUAUUAUGUGUGUCGACUGAAGUGCUUAAUUUAAAAUGUAUAAAUUAUGAAUAUUUAAAUUGGAGGUAGAGAAUUUUAAUAUUUAAGCCAUAUGUUAUUACAGUAAAACAUAAGCUCUAGGGAAGAUUCUGGAAGUUGCAAGAAAAUAAAAAUUGUUUCAAAUUUUGAUUAAAGACCUCACUACGUUACUGGCAUACAGCAUUUUCUCUUAGGUGCAGUAUCAACCUAACUACAAAAUAAAAUGCAUUAUUGUUAAGGUGAAAUAGAGGUUUCCUCAUAAAUGAGCUUCUUAAAGAAAAGUAUGAAUAUGUUGCGGGUUGAAAACAGUAGCUAUGAUUACGAGCUAUUCAAAAUAAAAGUUUUUUAACUGAUUUUCACAGAAAAUGUCUCAUAUUAAAAAGGUUAUUUGGAAGGAAUUGUGAGUCCUGGUGGAUGAGAAGCUGGACAUGAAUCAGCAGUGUGCCCUUGCAGCCCGGAAGGCCAACAGUAUCCUGGGCUGCAUCAAUAGAGGCCAGCAGGGACAGAAAGGUGAUUGCUGAGCCCUUGAGAGGCCUCACCUGGAGUACUUCAUCUAGGUCUGGGGCCCCAGCACAAGAAAGACUUAGAGCUGUUGGAUCAGGUCCAGGGUAGGAUCACAAUGAUGAUCAGAGGGCUGAAACACUUUCCCUGUGAAGAAAGGCUGAGGGAGGUGUGCCUGUUUAGCUUGGAGAAGACAGAGCUAUGUGGAGACCUCAACCAUAGAGGUAUAGAAUGUUUUAGGUUAGAAGAGACCUCAAAAUCACGCAGUUCCAGUCCCUGCUAUGGGGAGGGUUGCCACCCACCAGAUCUGGCCAUGCAGCACCCCAUCCACCUUGGCCUUCCACACCUCCAGGGUUGGGGCAUCUGCAGCUUCUUGAGCCAGUGCUUCACCACCCACCGAGUGAAGAAUUUUGCCUCAACAUCUAAUCUAAAUCUACUUUAUUUCAGUUAAAAACAUUCUCCCUUGUCUUAUCACUAUUUGUCUGUGUUAAAAGACAGUCUACCUCCUGUGUAUAGGAUCCCUUUAAGUACUGGAGGGCCAGAAGAUCUGUUCUUCGGUGUCACUGAUUCUGACUUGGGACUUUGGUUGGGCCAACUUAACAGGGUUGUCCUUUUCCAGUUUUGAACCAUGACCUCCACUCUCUCAUCUUUCCAUCCCCAGAGCUUUGUUGCAUAGGGGACACCUGGGUGACAAGAGGGAGAUGAUGACUCCUGCUGCCUGCACAGAGCAGGUUCCAGUUUCCUCCCUCUUGCAUGAUUUUGCUGUUUGUCUCCUCAGAGCUGGAACUGAACAAUACGACACAUCAGUGUCUCUCUGAUUCACAUAAAGCUAUGCUUCCAUCCCAGACUACUCCAUCGUUCUCUGAUUCCUGAAAUGUCUGUUAUUAAUGGGUUUUGUUUGGUUUAGUUUUCACUGUAUUUCAUUGCCCUCUACGGAGAUGGGGCCUUACUUAUCCUAGUUAGUGAUUAGCAGGUGGUGAAAGGGAAUAUUUCUUUGGAAAUACUUAACAAAAGGCACAAUGAUCUGGCGAUGUGUUUAUGUUUAGCAUUACUUAAAUUGCACAGUGUUGGUAUUAGGAUAAAGGAAUCAAAAUUAGAAAAAGAACUGAAGCCUAAUACUGCCAGAGGCCUUCUCAGAGUACAGAGUUCUAUAGGUCCUCUGGAGUGCACAAGGCUUUGUAUGGAAAGUGUUACACCAUUUUAAAAUGUGCCUUCUUUCAGCAGUUUCUGCCCUGUUUGUUCUUCACACUAGAAAUGUACGCCUACAGAAAGCUGUCUGACUGUACUGUGGGCCUGAUUAUCCUCUAUAUUACAGCUAAUAAAGAUGGUUGUUUUUCGUUUGUUGUUUGUUUGUCCCUUGGAAAGGAGAAUGAAGAAGCAUAACAACCGUAAAGGGAUUGUUGUGACUGCGGAUUUCUCUUUCAUAGCGUGUGAAGGUUUCCCAGAAGCAGCGUCAGCAGUGUCUUGCAUUACAGCUCUGAAAGCAGGAACUGAACAUCUGUCCUUUAUCCAAAGGUGUGGUGUUUGGUGGAGGAGGAAUGCUGCACGUUCAUUUAAUUCUAACCUGUAUUUUAAACUUCAGGUUGUGAAACCCAGCAAUGGGUAUCAUCUCUGCCAGAAGCAGAGUCACUUCAGUAUCACUCCAGUAUCACUUCAGUGCUGUAGAACAUCUUCUCUCUUCCCGAUUCCUGGUCUCAUUUGUUUAUUUUUGUGGUUUAUCCAUCUUCGCUGCAAAGUGAAAUGUAUGUAGGAGCAAAGUAGAGAAUUAGACUUUCUCAUUUCCAAAUUACAGUUAUACUGCCUGGUGCUGUACCGUGAGAUGCUUGAUUCUCUCCUGAAAUGAUUUAUCAUUCUUGCUACAUUUAAAGAUCUGAUGGCACGCAGAUCUCGCGUGUUUUAAAAGUAUGUAUUUAUUUUGCUUUUCUCAGGCCGUGGUCAGCUUCUUAAGGUGAACUGACUUGUAGUUUAUGGGCAGCCAGAUUGGAGCAGAAAAGAGAAGUUAAUUAUUUAUUGCAGUCCCUGUCACUGAGGGCACCUCCCUCUUACAAACGGAUUUCUGCAUUUUCGUACGUGUUUUGCAUUUCAUCUGCACUGAUCUCUCAGCCCAACGCUGAUACCCACCAAGUAAAAACCACGGCAAAAACAAACCAGCUCUAUAAAUGUAUCUUAACGAACUUGUGUUUGACUGCAGGCAUUACAGCUGAGCACAUAGGAAGUACAAAAAGUUGUGAAUUACACCAAAAGAUUCUUAACAAACUCGAGGUAGUAAUUUCACAUGUGAUGCACGAUGCAUGUCAGUAAAUUAUUGUUCAUUCAUUUGUUGCACUGAUCUAAACUAUUUCCACGUGUCAUUGAGCUGUACUUUUAGUUGAAUAAAAUGGCGGUGCUGAUUUC